AUGAGCACUCCACUUCCUCAAUAUAAGCUUAUUGCCAAGGUUCUUGUUUCCAGGAUGAGUAAAGUGUUGGAUGGUCUUAUCUUAGAAUCGCAGAACGCUUUUGUUGGUGGAAGGCAGAUUUUGGAUUCUGUUCUUAUUGCUGGGGAAUGUGUUGACUCUAGAUUAAGAAGCGGGGUUCCUGGCGUUUUGUGUAAGCUUGAUAUCGAGAAAGCUUAUGAUCAUGUUAAUUGGAAGUUUGUUUUAUAUCUUCUUCGGAGGAUGGGAUUUGGUGAUAGAUGGAUAAAAUGGAUUGACACUUGUAUCUCAUCAGUUAUGUUUUCUGUUCUUGUGAAUGGCUCUCCUGCGGGUUUUUUUGCUAGCUCACGUGGUCUGCGACAAGGUGAUCCAUUAUCUUCUUUUCUUUUUCUCAUCGUUAUGGAAGGUCUGACUAGAUUAAUGAGAAAAGCGGAAGAUUUGGGUUACAUUAGGGGGUUCAGAGUUGGCAGAGAUGUUGAUCAUCAGAUCCAGAUUUCCCAUCUUUUAUUUGCUGAUGAUACUUUGGUAUUUUGUGAUGCUGAUAUUUCUCAACUCAGAUAUCUGAGGUGCACUCUUGCUUGCUUCCAAGCAGUUUCUGGGCUUAAGAUUAAUGUCGGAAAGAGUGUGCUUGUUCCAGUGGGGGAUGUUCCAGAUAUUUCCUCCUUAGCUGCUGUUUUAGGAUAUGAGAAAAGAUUAGCAGGAUGGAAAAAGCAGUAUCUAUCUAAGGGUGGGAAAGUCACACUUAUAAAGAGUACUCUUUCAUCCCUUCCUACCUAUUUUUUAUCUUUGUUUCAAAUUCCAUGUUCUGUUGCUGAUAGAAUUGAAAAAAUUCAGAGGGAUUUUCUGUGGGGUGGAAGGGGAGAGGAGUUUAAGUAUCAUCUUGUUAAUUGGGAUCAAGUUUGCCAACCAUUGAGAUUCGGAGGGUUAGGCAUUCGAAAAAUUGUUCCUUUUAAUCGUGCUCUCUUAGGAAAGUGGUUAUGGCGAUUUGGAAGGGAACGACAUCAUCACUGGAGAAGAGUUGUCUCGUGUCGUUUUGGUGAGGGGAGUGGGGGUUGGUCAUCUCUUCCAGUCACUAUUACGGGAGGCGUUGGUUUGUGGAAAUUUAUUCGGAAGGGAUGGGAUGUUUUCUCUACUCUUAUUAGAUUCAAAGUUCGUAAUGGCAGGCAUGUUCGUUUUUGGGAGGAUCUUUGGUGUGGCGACCAGUUGCUUUCACACUCAUUUCCUAGGCUUUAUAGCAUUGCAACUAAUAAGCAUGUUUUCGUGAUUGAUUGUUAUCAUCUUGAUAACAAUGGAGUUACGUGGGAUGUGCGGUUUAGGCGGUCUUUUCAGGAUUGGGAAAUGGAGGAAGUUUAUGCUUUUUUGGAUAUUUUGUAUAGGCAGAAGGAUAUUGGCAGAGGGUGUGAUGAUAUUUUGUGGGUUCCUUUGGCUCAUGGUCGGUAUGAUGUCCGCUCUAUGUUUAUUCAUUUAUCCAAUUUCGUUGGUUCCGAGUUUCCUUGGAAGUCCGUGUGGUGUUCUAAAGCCCCUCUUCGAAUCGCGUUCUUCGUUUGGACAGCCACAUUGGGGAAGAUUUGA